CGAAAACGAAAACCAAAAAGGGCCUCAUCUGCUGUCUCCCUCCCACUAAAACAAAACCAAGAAGUCAUCGACCAAGUCUGCAACUGCAAGUCAGAAGAGUCGUCAGAAGUGAAAAGUAAGAAUGGAGGUACAGUGGAUUCUGUUGUGCCAUGGCUUAGUGACAACGCUUGUUCUAGUCUCCUUCCUCUGUGGCCAAUGGCCCAUCUUCGAAGGCACGCCCAUCCAACGCAUCCACCACUUUCUCACCUUCGGCGCCUACGAUUACUUUCAGUUCAGUAAUCAACGAUUUGUUGGGUUUGUUUUUGGGGCCAAGGGAACUAAUGCCAUUUCCUCCGUGGAGUAUUUCUGCUGUGAUCGACCCAAUCCAAUUUUGCAGAUAAUAUAUCUUGCAAUUGUAGGAGGAACGUAUUUCUUAGUUGCAAAUUCUUCCUUCGGUUACAUUCCUGGCUAUUAUAUCGGUGAAAUUCACAGGUAUACAAGCUUGUUGGCUGUUGGCGUCGGUGUUCUGCUCUUUCUAUUAACUAGCUUUUCUGAUCCAGGAACAGUGAAGGCUGAUAAUGUUUCUCAGUAUCUCUCUGCUUAUCCCUAUGACAAUGUUAUAUACUCUGAGAAAGAAUGUUCAACAUGCAAAAUUCCAAAACCUGCCAGGUCUAAGCAUUGCAGCAUAUGUGAUCGCUGUGUUGCCCGCUUUGACCAUCAUUGUGGAUGGAUGAAUAAUUGCAUAGGUGAGAGAAACAUCCAGUACUUCAUGGCAUUUCUUUUGUGGCACACCUUACUUUGCAUAUAUGGAACAGUGGCCAUUGGGUUAAUUCUUGCUGGACAAAUUAAAGAAUUUAAAGUUAUUGAUAUCCUAACUGUUUAUUAUGGUAUAGAAAAUUCUUUUCGCAGUUUAUCACCGCAUGUUGUGCAGUGGUUGUUGGGGGCCUACAACACUCAAAUACUUCUUAUGGUGUUUCUUGCAAUAGUUUCACUGUCAUUGGCGGGUUUCUUUGGUUACCAUGCAAAACUUUGUCUCACAAAUACUACGACAAACGAGACUUUCAAGUGGCAAGAGUAUGUAAGCUGGCAGAGGAAGCUAAAUGAAGCAAGGGCGAGUUCUGCAGCACUAAAAGCAAGUAUCAAUGGGAUGAGUAGUGAAAGAAAACCUCCAGAGAACAAAUGGAGAGCCAUGUUCCGAAGAUCCCCACUUAAGGAUGUUGAGGUAGUGGUUACGAAUAACAUAUAUGACAAAGGAUUCUUUCAGAAUAUUCUUGAGAUCAUCAUGCCCCUCUCAAGAAGACAGUUGUCUCUGCGAACCAAAUCGAAGUCUGGCUGAGACAGAUUGCUGGCCCUUCAACCUUGUAUGCUUUGCUUCUUGUUGUUUCUUCCAGCAAUUGAACAGCUUCAUAGCCCGUUCUCGCAAAAUUUCUCAUGCUUGAACAGCGGGUGACACCAAGAGAGGGAUCUGGCAAAGAUCAGAUGCUUGUUCUGGCUUUGUGUAUCAUUAUUGCAAGCCAUCUAUGCCUACGGGAUAUGGCCGACUGCUUGUGAUUGGUGGUUCAUUCAAGGAUAUGUAAUAUAAUGAAAGUAGCCGCAAUCACAGUAGACAUUCAAUUUGUUAUGUUAACAAUUAGCAUAGGGGAUUUUUCUUGUAAAGCCGACUC